AAGAGAGAGAGGGGAGCAGAGGAGGAGCAGUCAAGGUACUGACAUUCCGCCGGAGGAAACUCUCUAUCCCGUCAAAACUGGCUCCCUCUCCCCCACGGAGGUGACGCUCUCCUCGGCGUGAGCGCACAAACGAGUAGAGCGUUUGGGAAAGAAGUACACACAAGAUGCAAGGCAUCAAUUCCUCCUCGUAUGGACUUGAGUAGAUACAAAAGAGAGGCCCAGACUGUUUAUGCUCUUCACUACUCCAGUUGAAUCUGACCGGCUUUCGAUGUGGGAUCCAGUUUUGUUGCUCUCGCCAGGCUGAAAUCCUCCAGGGUCAGGACCUCGCUCAUGGCGGCCCUGCUUCUCGGGCUGCUGCUCUUUGCCAUGCAUUCCCCCACCGUCCCCUCAUCUGGGCCACUGGUGGAAGCCGAGGGACCGCCUAGCGCCCUUUCUCCGGCAGACAACGGCACAGCGGGCCACCCCAACGGGACUGCUCAGCAGCUCCCACGCAUCAUCAUCAUAGGCGUGAGGAAAGGCGGGACACGAGCCCUGAUUGAGAUGCUUAGCUUGCACAGCUCCGUGGCGGCGGCCCAGAAUGAGGUGCACUUCUUUGACUGGGAAAGUCACUUCCAGAAGGGCUUGCCUUGGUACCGCAGCCAGAUGCCAUUCGCCUUCCCCAAUCAGAUCACAGUGGAGAAGACGCCUGCCUACUUCACCUCCGCCAAAGUCCCCAAGCGGAUCCACCAGAUGAACCCGGAUGCCAAGCUGCUGCUCAUCCUCAGGGACCCCACGGAGCGCGUGCUAUCGGACUACACGCAGGUUUUUUACAACCGGCUCCAGAAGCACAAACGCUACCAGCCCAUCGAGUCGGUGCUGGUCAAGGACGGCGAAAUCAACCUGGGCUACAAAGCGCUUAACCGCAGUUUAUACUAUGUGCACAUGCAGAACUGGCUGCAGUAUUUCCCACUAGAGAGCAUCCAUGUGGUGGACGGCGACCAGCUCAUCAGGGACCCCCUGCCUGAGAUGACGAAGGUGGAGCGCUUCUUGAGGCUGGAGCCGCAGAUCAAUGCCUCCAACUUCUACUUUAACAAGACCAAGGGAUUCUACUGUUUGCGGGAGCACGGGAGGGAGCGAUGCUUGCAUGACUCUAAGGGCAGGGCACACCCUCGCGUAGCCCCCGCCAUCCUGCAGAAACUCUACCAGUUCUUUCACCAACCCAAUAGGAAGUUCUUUGAGCUUGUGGGUCGAACGUUCGACUGGAAGUAAAAACUUUCGCUUUCGGUAUUAACAGAGUUGAUGAGCACACCACUAAAUCUAUUUUUAUACAUGCUGCAACUACUCAUGAAAAAAUGAGAAUACUUGGUUUUGUUUGUUUUUUUGUUUAGGUGAAAUUUUAGAAUGAACCUAAAAUCCACUUGAACCUUUAGAGGCAAACAUUGAUAUUUUCAGGCACAGCUUUCCAAAGUGUAAGUACUUUUAGUUGCACAAAUAAUGUUUCUCUAUCAAGGACCUGAAUGGAAAAACUUGCAAUAAGUCUUUGAUUUAAGAAUCGGCCAGUACAUUACCCGUUUCACCUAAUAUUCCCCUUCUUCAUGCAGUUCAAAAUUUGGCAUUAAUCGACAAUACAAGUUCAUUGUGCGGCAUAACAAGGAGGUUCUUAGAUCAAAUUGAUCAAACACAGUUUUUCGAAUCAUGCCAGUCAGUAUGCCUUGUUAGAAAACUUUGAGUUGUAUUAAAACUAGGGGUGUCAAACGAUUAAAAUUUUUUAUCGAGUUAAUUACAACUCAAAAAUUAAUUAAUCGUAAUUAAUCGCAAUUAAUCGCAAUUCAAACCAUCCAUAAAAUAUGCCAUAUUUUUCUGUAAAUUAUUGUUGGAAUUUAAAGAUAAGACCGAGAUGGAUAUAUACAUUCAACAUACGGUACAUAAGUACUGUAUUUCUUUAUUAUAACAAUAAAUCAACAAGAUGGCAUUACCAUUAUUAACAUUCUGUUAAAGCGAUCCAUGGAUAGAAAGACUUGUAGUUCUUAAAAGAUAAAUAUAAAUAAUAAAUAAAUAAAACAUAUAAAAAUUUAUAAAAAUUUAUAGAAAAUAAAUAAAAGAUAAUAACUAAUACAAGUUAUAAAAAUUUUAUAUUAAAACCCCUCUUCAUGUUUUCGUUUUAAUAAAAUUUGUAAAAUUUUCAAUCAAAAAAUAAACUAGUAGCCCGCCAUUGUUGAUGUCAAUAAUUACUUACACAAUGCUCAUGGGUGCUGAACCCUAUAAAAUCAGUCGCACCCAAGCGCCAGCAGAGGGCGGCAAAACUCCGAAACACACAACAAGUACACCUUUCACUUUGCUGUCCUUUUAAUUCUUUUUGAGCGGGGCAUUUGUGCAUUAAUUACGUCAAAUAUUUUAACGGGAUUAAUUUAAAAAAUUAAUUACCGCUCGUUAACGCGAUAAUUUUGACAGCCCUAAUUAAAACUAAACAUUAACACUGCGAGGUUUAAAUUUAUUUAAACAUCAUAGUGGAUUUUAGGUUCAUCCUGACAUUUCAUGCAAAUGUUAAAUAUUCCAAACUUUUAAUGAAUAAAGUAUGGAUGUUUGUUUUAUCAACUCUCUCAAUGCAAGUAGUUUGCUGUUGUUGUUGCUAUCUUAUCAAACAUAGCUUCAUUUUCCUGAACUCAAUUAACCUGACCUGAAGGGCAUCCACCUGCUGUGAUGGGUGGGUUCCUUCAGUCCCUUCCCGGACAAAGAGCACAUUGCAUUCAUCUUGCCACAGCAGAUUUUGUUUGUAUUUAAUAACUGUGUUCAUGAGAUUUAACUGAUUUUCAAGUUACUUUUGUUCAGGUUUAUUUUUCACAUGAAGCAGUUAUACAAUUACACUUGUGCACAUUCAUUUGCAAAUUAUGACUGUACUGUAAAAAUCUGUCUGGCAAGAAUUUUAUAGGAUUCCAAACAAAUGGCCUUUGGCGAUAAUAAAACCAUAUCUCGCUCGACCCUUCUAGACCCAGGACCAUAAUAACUGCUUUCAUUUGUUUGUUUUACAUUUUUUCACACCCUCUGCAAAAUGAAUACCUCAUUUAAUGUGAUAAAGGAAUGAACACUUCAUUUCAGUUGUGACGGGAGCAUCUCCAAACAUUUACAACUCCUGGUGUCUUAUUGUCUUAUUGUCUUAAUGUUUGAACCCCCAUUAAAACAUUUUCAAUCCACCAUGUCAGCCAUGCUUGCAGAAUGUUCUGUGGCAAUUUUUAUGAAGUGUGUGCCGAAUAUAUUCAUUCUGCUGUAAAAUGGUCCAGUCUAGCGCUCAAUAUUUUAUUUGAUUUCCUUAUAAUUUGUGGUGGGAUCAUUGUUGCCUGUAAAUAGACUUUUAUAAGAUUAAUAAUUAAUACUACAAUAAAGAGCUUUAUUAUUUUCAGCUUGUGUAUC